AUGAUGCAAAAUGAGAGCAACAGUUCCAGUGAGAGUGAUAUUGAUAUUGAUAUCGAUAUCAGUGAUUUUAGCGAUCCUACUGCUGAUUUAGAAGAAGUGCCCAAGGGAAUAAGAAGACAAGCUAGAUCUUUGGAAAAUUACAAAUUUCCCACUCAUCACUUGCAAAAAGAAUUGAUUGACCCAAACAAAAUCCCUUUGGUUAUUGUUUGUUGUGGUUCAUUUUCUCCAGUCACCUAUUUGCACUUGAGAAUCUUUGAAAUGGCGUUGGACUCGAUUAGAGAAGAUACAAACUAUGAAGUCGUUGGUGGUUACUAUUCUCCAGUCUCUGAUUAUUAUAAUAAAAAGGGUUUAGCUAGUGCUCCUCAUAGAGUAAGAAUGUGUGAAUUGGCAUGCGAGAGGACAAGUAGUUGGUUAAUGGUCGAUGCCUGGGAAUCCUUGCAACCCAAAUAUACUAGAACUGCUUUAGUCUUUGAUCAUUUUAAUGAAGAAAUUAAUAUAAAAAGAGAGGGGAUUUAUAACUCAAAAAUAGAGAAAAAGAUUAAUGUCAAAAUAAUGCUAUUAGCUGGUGGCGAUUUAAUUGAAAGUAUGGGUGAGCCUGAUCUUUGGGAUGAUAGUGAUUUAACUCACAUCUUGGGAAACUAUGGCUGCUUGAUUGUUGAGAGAACUGGAUCUGAUGUUAGAAGUUUUCUUUUAGGUCAUGAUAUAUUGUACCAACACCGUAAAAAUAUCUUGGUCAUAAAACAAUUGAUUUAUAACGAUAUUAGCUCAACCAAAGUUCGACUUUUUUUAAGAAGGAAUAUGUCAGUAAGAUAUCUUUUACCAAAUUCAGUCAUCAAAUACAUUAGAAAACAUCACUUAUAUGUCAAUGAGUCCGAGCCUGUUAGUCAGGUUUUAGAUAAAAGAAAUAGGAGUUAUAUUUGA